AUGAGACCAGAGUGUGUCUUCAUUAUUACGUUAAAAUUUUAUUCGGGACGCGCGUCCAGACGACGCCGUCGCUACUCGAUCUACUACGCGCACAAAGAACUUACAUCCUUUGCGACUCGUUCGAGAUCGAGCGCUCGAAGCUUCACGAACGGUCGGGGCAUGUCCAAAAGGGACACGACCGCGACGUCGUCCACGAAAACUUCAAACCCGCGACAAGUGUUGUCUCGCUCUAUUUCCACUUCAAUUCCCGCCGAGGCGAGAAGCGUUCGUAAACGCUCGGCCGAGCGCAGAAACACGCCUCACUUCUUGGAAGCCUUGGCCUUGGCCUUCUUGGCCGCCGGCUUCUUCUUGGCCGCCGGCUUCUUCUUAGCCGCCGGCUUCUUCUUGGCCGCGGGCUUCUUCUUGGCUGCGAUCGCGCGAAAAUCAUCGUCUCGUCAGUCCUCUCUUCUUCCUCGCGCGCGGCGAUUUCGAGAUGAGCUGGCGCGCGCGAUUCGCGCCUCCGCGUCGUCGCGCGCCGCCCCCCCUCUACACGCACCCGCUGGCUUCUUCUUCGCCGCCGGCUUCUUCUUCGCCGCCGGCUUCUUCUUCGCCGCCGGUUUCUUGGCUGUCGCGUUCAAAUCACACGUCGUCAGUCCCUCUUCUCCCCCUUCGCUCGCGCGUCUCGCGCGCGCGCGCAAUCCCUUAAUUUCGCGCGCGAUCGCAUUCGCGCACAAUUCUUCUUCGCGCGUCGUCGCGCGUCGAGCGCGCCGCGCCGCGCGCGCCCCCGCGUCGCGCGAUCACCGCCGCGUCACGUAUACGCACCCGCCGGCUUCUUCUUCGGCGCCGCCUUCUUCUUCGUCGCCGUCGUCUUCUUCACCGCGGGCUUCUUCUUCGCCGCUGGUUUCUUCUUCGCCGCCGGUUUCUUCGCCGCGGGCUUGCGCUUCGCCGGGGCCUUGGCCACCAUCGUGCGGUCGUAAGUGUUUGAGAGUGCUUGAAGCGCCGAACGUCGAGGGACGCGAGCGCGGGCGCGACGAGGCGUGCUGUGCGGACGCGCGCGAAUGCGCGAAUGAAUUGAAUCCCAACGGAUGGAAUCGCGUCGCGGUCGUGUCGACGGGCGACGCGCGUUUUUUUUCGCCGGCGGUGGGUGUUUUCGCGUAG